CAGUGUAUGUCAAAUGUCGAAAAUUCCUAGUGCAAAAACUGCCCAAGUUGAAAUUCCCAGAUCUUGGCAGCGUUACCAAGUGCUCGGUCUCUGGUGGUUGAUACCCUUUUAGGGCUUUUUAUUUAGAGUUCACAUUUUAUUACACAAAUUAACAAAUGGCUCUAAAUCCUCAAUACGAGGCUAUUGGUAAAGGCUUUGUGAGCCAAUAUUAUGCAUUAUUUGAUGAUCCUAUUCAACGACCGAAUCUACACUCAAUGUACAAUGCUGAAACAUCUUUCAUGACAUUCGAGGGAUCACAACUACAAGGUUCUGCCAAAAUUAUGGAAAAAAUUUCGAGCCUAACCUUUCAAAAAAUCACUAGAGUUAUCACAGCAGUUGAUUCCCAACCAACUUUUGAUGGUGGAGUUUUAAUCAGUGUUCUAGGCAGAUUAAAGUGUGAUGAAGAUCCUCCACAUGCAUUUGUACAAGUGUUUGUUUUAAAGCCUUUAGGGACCUCAUUCUAUAUCCAACAUGAUAUUUUCAGACUAGCUAUACAUGAUACUGCAUAACUCCUUGUUCCAAUUUCCAAAAAUGUUCUUUUGCGGUUUACCUAUUUUACAGUUAUUAAUUACAAUUUAUGCUUGUAAACUUAUUAUGAUUAAUAUAUAAAAUUUUAGAAAAUCCCAAGGAUUCAAUGGUUUGUUUUUGUUUACUCUUCAUUUAUUCACAAAAAAUGAGGUGAGAUGAUGAAUAAACGUUAUUUAAGUU